GAGGUUCUACACAGGGAGAGGAAGAAUUGAAGCAAGCAGGGAGAGAGGUUCUACACAGGGAGAGGAAGAAUUGAAGCAAGCAGGGAGAGGAAGCAGGGAGAGAGGUUCUACACAGAGAGAGGAAGCAGGGAGAGAGGUUCUACACAGGGAGAGGAAGCAGGGAGAGAGGUUCUACACAGGGAGAGGAAGCAAGCUGGGAGAGGAAGCAGGGAGAGAGGUUCUACACAGAGAGAGGGAGCAAUAAAGCAAGCAGGGAGAGAGGUUCUACACAGAGAGAGGAAGCAGGGAGAGAGGUUAGUGCUACAGUGAUUCGCAAUUCGGGGGUCGGGGACCCGUAAAAUUUAAAUGGGGUUCCUUAAGAAAGUCUAAUCUUAUCAAACACAAUAACUUAUUUCUCUUCCACUCUACUGUCAAUGUCCUGUCUGGUGGAGGUCACUCUGUCAUCACCUCUAUACUCUACUGUCAAUGUCCUGUCUGGUGGAGGUCACUCUGUCAUAACCUCUAUACUCUACUGUCAAUGUCCUGUCUGGUGGAGGUCACUCUGUCAUCACCUCUAUACUCUACUGUCAAUGUCCUGUCUGGUGGAGGUCACUCUGUCGUCACCUCUAUACUCUUUACUGACAUCUAAACACAGCGCUCUCUCUCUGCAGAACACAUGAGUUUUAACCACGCCUCUAAACAGGGAGGUUGUGUCUCAUCACCAAUCAACUGCCAGGACUGCAGAUAUGGGAGGGGCUGUAGUUUGGAGAGAGGGUGAGGAGGGGACGCAGGUAUGACUGGCUUUGGUGACAGUUGGAAGAGAGAUUGGACUUUACACGCUGAGAGAAGACGAGAAGAUCAGAGACACAUGGACACUAUCAGAAGAUCACUGCUGAGACAGCCUUCCUCCUCUUCCUGCUCUAUCUAUCAUCGUCACUCAGUAGGAGGGCCUGAGGGUAACGAGGUGGGUGGGAUUGAGUUGAAGCUCGACCAACCAGAGUCCGAGGAGGAGCUAGAAGCUGAGCCUAAAGGUGACAUCACUGCCUUGGUGUUACGGCUGCAUCACAGGAAGACCGUCAUCUGCCUAUGUCUCUCAACACUCAUAUUCACUACAGCGUUUCUAUUGGGCUACGUGGCUUUCCGUGGGUCGUGCCACUAUUGUGGUGUUGAGGGGGAGAUGGUCCCUGCGGAGGAUAAGCCUGGAACUGACCAUGACAACCUGGUGGGGGGUAUGUACCUGGGGGAACUACGGGACAUGCUGAAGAAAUACUUGCAAGACGAGAAGAUAGAGAGCACUGUCAGGCGAGUCAGCAGGACGACCCACCCAUCAGGUUCCUCGGAGGGCACAACUCUGGCAGCAGAGAUACUAGAGACGUUUAAAGAUCUCCACAUGGACCACACCUGGACCGACUCACACUAUGCUACACUACAGUUCCCCUCCAGGAUCCAGAGGAACUCUCUAUGGAUGGUGGAUUCACAGGGCGAGGUGUUGGAGGAGAUUCCUCUGGAAGAUCCAGACUCCUACUGUGCCUACAGCGCUAUUGGCACCGCCACGGGGGGCGUGGUGUAUGUCAAUUACGGCCGCCAGCAGGAUUUUGACUGGCUGCAGUCUGCGGGAGUGUCUGUGGUUGGCUGCGUUGUAGUGAUGCGUGUGGGGGGCGGGGUUAGUUAUGCUGAGAAGGUGCUAUUGGCUCAGAAGGCUGGAGCAGGCGGAGCCUUGAUCUAUCCAGAUCCUGCUGACAUCCCUCAGGACCCUCGACGCCUGGGGCUGAACAGUUACACCGCUAUAUCAGAACACGUCCAUCUGGGAUCAGGUGACCCCUUCACCCCUGGCUUCCCCUCCUUCAACCACACCCAGUUCCCGCCCACACAGUCCUCUGGCCUGCCUGUCAUCCCUGCUCAGCCAAUCAGUGCCAACGUAGCCUCCAAGCUACUCAGUCAGUUGACCGGUCCAGUGUGCCCGCGCGGUUGGCAGGGCCGGCUGCCAUACGUCCGUUGUGUCCUGGGGCGGGGCUUCACCUCUGCAGACGGCAGGAGGAUCAGGAUGGGGGUCUAUAACACCAUGACUCCUGUUCUACUGAACAACAUCUUCUCUUCUCUGGAGGGAAGGAUAGAACCUGAUCAGUACAUUAUAAUGGGGGCCCAGAGAGAUGCGUGGGGGCCGGGGGCGGUGAAGGCCGGGGUUGGAACAGCCAUCCUACUGGAGCUGGCUCGGACCUUCAGCAACAUGGUGCAGAACGGUUUCAACCCCAGGAGGAGUCUGUUGUUUGUCAGUUGGGACGCUGGAGACUUUGGGAACGUUGGUGCCACAGAGUGGUUGGAGGGUUACCUGUCCAUGCUACACCUGAAGGCUGUGGCGUACUUCAGUCUGGACCAGGCGGUUAUGGGUGAUGAUAACCUGUCAGCCUACACUAGUCCUCUACUGAUCGAUCUAAUAGAAUCAGCCAUCAAACAGGUGGAGCAUCCUAAACACACAGGCCAGACCAUCUACAGCCAGGCAGAGAAAGAGGGGGGCAGCUGGAAGAUUAUUAAGCCAUUGUACCUGAACAGCGGGGCAUAUAGUUUCACAGCCUUUGGAGGAGUUCCUGCUAUGGAGCUACGCUUCAAUGAGGACUCCCGCCCCUACCCGUUUGUCAACACCCCAUUGGACACCUCCGGGCGACUCCAGGAAGUCCUGGGGGGUCGUCUGGGGGUCGUAGGGCGGAGCCUAGGAGAGCUGGUUGGUCUGAUGGUGCUGCGAUUGGCUCACGACCACAUCCUGCCUCUACGCAUCACUACCUAUUCCCAUACUGCACUGCAGUUCAGCGCCCAGCUCAACAAGCACUCUGCCGAGCUUCAGGCUCGUGGUCUCUCUCCUCAGUGGGUGUUCAGUGCUAGAGGAGACUACAGCAGAGCAGCUGAGACCCUGCAGGAGGCCAUACUGAACUCUGAUGUACAGGACGAGACUAUGACGCGUAUCUACAACACACGCAUGAUGAGGGUAGAGUAUUACUUCCUGUCCCAGUACGUGUCUGUGGUUGAGACUCCGUUCCGUCACGUUAUGCACGGUCGGGGGGAACACACUCUGAGUGCUCUCACCGAACACCUUUCUCUACUGACCUCCGACCCCAGGCGCUUCAACGAGGCCCUUUUCCGACGGCAACUAGCCCUGUUCACCUGGACAUUGCAGGGAGCCGCCAACGCUCUGAGUGGAGACAUUUGGAACAUAGACAAUGUCUUCUAACAUAAACACAUGUAGAGAUGCAUACACACAGACACUAUACACACACACACACACACACACUACACUCACACUAUACACACUCUAUCUCACCUCUCUGUCCUGUCCUGUCAGUAUUUCUGGUGUAGGCAGACAGACACCUCUCUGUCCUGUCAGUAUUUCUGGUGUAGGCAGACAGACACCUCUCUGUCCUGUCAGUAUUUCUGGUGUAGGCAGACAGACACCUCUCUGUCCUGACAGUAUUUCUGGUGUAGGCAGACAGACACCUCUCUGUCCUGUCAGUAUUUCUGGUGUAGGCAGACAGACACCUCUCUGUCCUGUCAGUAUUUCUGGUGUAGGCAGACAGACACCUCUCUGUCCUGUCAGUAUUUCUGGUGUAGGCAGACAGACACCUCUCUGUCCUGACAGUAUUUCUGGUGUAGGCAGACAGACACCUCUCUGUCCUGUCAGUAUUUCUGGUGUAGGCAGACAGACACCUCUCUGUCCUGUCAGUAUUUCUGGUGUAGGCAGACAGACACUUCUCUCUCUUCUCUGAGGGGGUGUGUCUAAUUAAUCUGAAGAUGAGUCUCAAAUAGCACACUGUUCAUUAUGUAGUCUACUGCAUAGGGCUCUAUUCCAGUCUACUGCAUAGGGCUCUAUUCCAGUCUACUGCAUAGGGCUCUAGUCCAGUCUACUGCAUAGGGCUCUAGUCUAGUAUACUAUAGGGCUCUAGUCUAGUCUACUGCAUAGGGCUCUAGUCUAGUAUACUAUAGGGCUCUAGUCUAGUCUACUGCAUAGGGCUCUAGUCCAGUCUACUGCAUAGGGCUCUAGUCGAGUAUACUAUAGCUAUUCCAGUCUACUGCAUAGGGCUCUAGUCUAGUAUACUAUAGGGCUCUAUUCCAGUCUACUGCAUGGAGCUCUAUUCCAGUAUACUGCAUAGGGCUCUAGUCCAGUCUACUGCAUAGAGCUCUAUUCCAGUCUACUGCAUAGGGCUCUAGUCCAGUCUACUGCAUAGGGCUCUAGUCGAGUAUACUAUAGCUAUUCCAGUCUACUGCAUAGGGCUCUAGUCUAGUAUACUAUAGGGCUCUAUUCCAGUCUACUGCAUGGAGCUCUAUUCCAGUCUACUGCAUAGGGCUCUAGUCUAGUAUACUAUAGGGCUCUAUUCCAGUCUACUGCAUAGUGCUCUAUUCCAGUCUACUGCAUAGGGCUCUAGUCUAGUAUACUAUAGGGCUCUAGUCUAGUAUACUAUAGGGCUCUAUUCCAGUCUACUGCAUAGGGCUCUAUUCCAGUCUACUGCAUAGGGCUCUAGUCUAGUAUACUAUAGGGCUCUAGUCUAGUAUACUAUAGGGCUCUAUUCCAGUCUACUGCAUAGGGCUCUAUUCCAGUCUACUGCAUAGGGCUCUAUUCCAGUCUACUGCAUAGGGCUCUAGUCGAGUCUAACGCAUAGGGCUCUAUUCCAGUAUACUGCAUAGGGCUCUAGUCCAGUCUACUGCAUAGAGCUCUAUUCCAGUCUACUGCAUAGGUUUCUAGUCUAGUAUAAUAUAGGGCUCUAGUCUAGUAUACUAUAGGGAUCUAUUCCAGUCAAGUGUACUACAUAGGGCUCUAGUCUAGUAUACUAUAGGGCUCUAUUGCAGUCUAUUGCAUAGGGCUCUAUUCCAGUAUACUGCAUAGGGCUCUAUUCCUGUCUACUGCAUAGGGCUCUAGUCUAGUAUACUAUAGGGCUCUAGUCUAGUAUACUAUAGGGCUCUAUUGCAGUCUACUGCAUAGGGCUCUAUUCCAGUCUACUGCAUAUGGCUCUAUUCCAGUCUACUGCAUAGGGCUCUAUUCCAGUCUAUUGCAUAGGGCUCUAGUCCAGUCUACUGCAUAGGGCUCCAGUCUAGUAUACUAUAGGGCUCUAGUCUAGUAUACUAUAGGGCUCUAUUCCAGUCUACUGCAUAGGGCUCUAUUCUAGUCUACUGCAUAGGGCUCUAGUCUAGUAUACUAUAGGGCUCUAUUCCAGUCUACUGCAUAGGGCUCUAUUCUAGUCUACUGCAUAGGGCUCUAGUCUAGUAUACUAUAGGGCUCUAUUCCAGUCUACUGCAUAGGGCUCUGGUCUAGUAUAAUAUAGGGCUCUAUUCCAGUCUACUGCAUAGGGCUCUAUUCUAGUCUACUGCAUAGGGCUCUAGUCGAGUCUAACGCAUAGGGCUCUAGUCUAGUAUACUAUAGGGCUCUAGUCUAGUAUACUAUAGGGCUCUAGUCUAGUAUACUAUAGGGCUCUAGUCUAGUAUACUAUAGGGCUCUAGUCUAGUAUACUAUAGGGCUCUAUUCCAGUCUACUGCAUAGGGCUCUAGUCCAGUCUACUGCAUAGGGCUCUAGUCUAGUCUACUGCAUAGGGCUCUAGUCCAGUCUACUGCAUAGGGCUCUAGUCUAGUAUACUAUAGGGCUCUAGUCCAGUCUACUGCAUAGGGCUCUAGUCCAGUCUAACGCAUAGGGCUCUAUUCCAGUCAAGUCUACUGCAUAGGUCUCUAGUCUAGUAUACUAUAGGGCUCUAUUCCAGUCUACUGCAUAGGGCUCUAGUCCAGUCUAAUGCAUAGGGCUCUAGUCUAGUAUACUAUAGGGCUCUAGUCUAGUAUACUAUAGGGGUCUAUUCCAGUCUACUGCAUAGGGCUCUAGUCGAGUCUAACGCAUAGGGCUCUAUUCCAGUCAAGUGUACUACAUAGGUCUCUAGUCUAGUAUACUAUAGGGCUCUAUUCCAGUCUACAGCAUAGUGCUCUAUUCCAGUCUACUGCAUAGGGCUCUAGUCUAGUAUACUAUAGGGCUCUAGUCUAGUAUACUAUAGGGCUCUAUUCCAGUCUACUGCAUAGGGCUCUAUUCCAGUCUACUGCAUAGGGCUCUAGUCUAGUAUACUAUAGGGCUCUAGUCUAGUAUACUAUAGGGCUCUAUUCCAGUCUACUGCAUAGGGCUCUAUUCCAGUCUACUGCAUAGGGCUCUAUUCCAGUCUACUGCAUAGGGCUCUAGUCGAGUCUAACGCAUAGGGCUCUAUUCCAGUCUAUUGCAUAGGGCUCUAUUCCAGUCUACUGCAUAGGGCUCUAGUCCAGUCUACUGCAUAGAGCUCUAUUCCAGUCUACUGCAUAGGUUUCUAGUCUAGUAUACUAUAGGGCUCUAGUCUAGUAUACUAUAGGGAUCUAUUCCAGUCAAGUGUACUACAUAGGGCUCUAGUCUAGUAUACUAUAGGGCUCUAUUGCAGUCUACUGCAUAGGGCUCUAUUCCAGUAUACUGCAUAGGGCUCUAUUCCAGUCUACUGCAUAGGGCUCUAGUCUAGUAUAGUAUAGGGCUCUAGUCUAGUAUACUAUAGGGCUCUAUUGCAGUCUACUGCAUAGGGCUCUAUUCCAGUCUACUGCAUAUGGCUCUAUUCCAGUCUACUGCAUAGGGCUCUAGUCUAGUAUACUAUAGGGCUCUAUUCCAGUCUACUGCAUAGGGCUCUAUUCUAGUCUACUGCAUAGGGCUCUAGUCUAGUAUACUAUAGGGCUCUAUUCCAGUCUACUGCAUAGGGCUCU